AUGCUCGUCGUCGAACAAGCCCUUUUCACCCAGCUGAUGCGCCAGCCGGGUCUUGUUGACGGCGUCAAAGAUGCCAGGAAGCGAAAGCUCAUAAGCAAAUGUCUGCCGAACGUGCUGCAGCAGGCGCCCGAGCUCGCAGCUCGCCGAGGACUCGAAAAUGAGACGGGGAAGAGUGUCCCAACGUGGGCGCUCAAGGUAGAAGGGCUGCUUGAGAUACCAGACCAACGGCCGCAAGACAAGGUGCACCCGCGCAAGUUCUCGAAGUUUAUCAAGUGUCUGAUUGUAGAGCUGGACCGCGACCCGAACGUGUAUGCGGACGGGAAUAUUGUGGAAGUACGUCGCCCUGCGCUUGCUACUUUCGCUGAAGGAGGUGGCUGA